CCUGCUGUGCACAUAAAGCUUUGCUAGUUUCCUCAGCUAGAUUGUCUACUUCUAGCUUUCCUACUUUAAAAAUGAAUGGUUUUACUGCAGUGAAUGUUAGGCUGACAGGCCUGCUGCUAGCCAGUUUUGUCAUUUUGGCUCCAGCAAUGUAUUUUGAUUUAGGGGAACAAGAGGAAAAGUGUCUCAUUGAGGAGAUUCCAGAGGACACACUUGUGACAGGUGUCUUUUUGCUAGAGCACUGGGAUAGUAAUAAGAAGGGCAAUACUCCACACCUUGGUUUGACAGUGACUGUGAGAGACCCUAACCAUGAGGUGGUCUUGUUAAAACGCUUUGGGAGAUUUGGAAAAUUCACCUUUAAAUCCCAUGCUUCGGGUCAACAUUUUGUGUGCAUGCAAUCUAACUCCACCAGGUUCUCUGUGUUCGCUGGUGAUCGUCUGAAAGUACAUUUAGAUGUCCAGAUGGGCGAGCACACAACUGAUCCUAAUGCUGCUGAGGCAAAGGACACUAUGGAAGCAAUGGAAUACAACCUGCAACAUCUCAUUGACCAGAUGCAUUACAUUAGCAGACAGCAACAUUUCCAAAGGGAACGUGAGGAGAAGUUUCGCCAAAUGAGUGAGGAAACAAAUGGAAACGUUUUGUGGUGGGCCAUUAUUCAGACAUCAAUCCUCCUCUUUGUUGGAAUCUGGCAAAUGAAAAACCUCAAAGACUUUCUCAUCGAAAAGAAGUUGGUUUAGCCUUAUGAAAUGACUAACUGUAUGUUUAGAUAAUUCUACAUUGUUUAAAGUAUUUUGAUAUGUAGAAGUCUAAAUGAUCUAAUUUGAGAGUAAACAAUCAUUUACUCUGCAAAGAGAAUAUUUCACAACUGUGCCUAAUUUAAUAAAUUCAUAGUCUAUAUGAAGGCUAUUCAUUAAACA